AUGCCGCAGUCGUGCAAAGACAUCCGCGCCGCCUUGGCCUUCUGCCUCCAGAACAGCGACUGCAUCAUGGUCGAGCGCCACGCUCCCGGCGACUGUCUCCGCCCGCCCCUCAAGUACACGCUCCCCACCCAGUGCCAGCAGCUGCAGAAGGGCUAUGCCGAGUGCAAGAAGGGCAUGAUCGAUAUGCGCAAGCGCUUCCGCGGCAACAGGCCCAUUGCCGUCCAGGGCCAGCUCGAGACGGGCGCCUUUGGCCACGGCCGCGCCGAGGCUGACGAAAAGGCCGGCACCAUCGAGGAGAAGGGCUACAUGCUGUAUGCCGGCCGCCCCCAUAAGGAUGUCAAGGAGACAAAGGGCGACGAGGAUCCAGACGCCAAGGGGCUGGAGCGGUAG